ACUGGCAGUUGCACCAGGAGGGCAGGAACUCCUUUGGCUGGGUGCCCAGCUCAGGUGGGCCACGCACUGGGCCAGACAGGGAACUGGAGUGACCCACCUGACUUCUCUGGGUCUCAGCUCCUCCUCUGGAAAGUGGGGAGAUUAUUGUGACUUCCCAGGGUUGGGUGGGACUGGGAGGAUGGGUGAGGGGCUGGCAUAGAGCAGGUGCUUGGUUGGUGGCAGCCGCCAUGGAACGGUGGCACCUGCCCAGGCCAGGCUCAUCUGGUCUCACAGGGGCAGGCGAAGCCUCUCCAAGAUGGGGCCAGGGUGGGACCUGUGCCCUCCUCUGUCCGCAGCCGCCCUGGGCACGCUGGACUUCAGCCUGCUGUAUGACCAGGAGAACAACGCCCUCCACUGCACCAUCACCAAGGCCAAGGGCCUGAAGCCAAUGGACCACAAUGGGCUGGCAGACCCCUACGUCAAGCUGCACCUGCUGCCAGGAGCCAGUAAGGCAAAUAAGCUCAGAACAAAAACUCUCCGUAACACUCUGAACCCCACAUGGAACGAGACCCUCACUUACUACGGGAUCACAGAUGAAGACAUGAUCCGCAAGACCCUGCGGAUCUCUGUGUGUGACGAGGACAAAUUCCGGCACAAUGAGUUCAUCGGGGAGACACGUGUGCCCCUGAAGAAGCUGAAACCCAACCACACCAAGACCUUCAGCAUCUGCCUGGAGAAGCCGCUACCGGUGGACAAGACCGAAGACAAGUCCCUGGAGGAGCGGGGCCGCAUCCUCAUCUCCCUCAAGUACAGCUCGCAGAAGCAGGGCCUGCUGGUAGGCAUCGUGCAGUGCGCCCACCUGGCCGCCAUGGACGCCAAUGGCUACUCGGACCCCUACGUGAAAACAUACCUGAGGCCAGAUGUGGACAAGAAAUCCAAACAUAAGACAGUGGUGAAGAAAAAAACCCUGAACCCGGAGUUUAAUGAGGAGUUCUGUUACGAGAUCAAGCAUGGGGACCUGGCCAAGAAGUCCCUGGAGGUCACCGUUUGGGAUUACGACAUUGGAAAAUCCAAUGAUUUCAUUGGUGGUGUGGUUCUGGGCAUCCACGCCAAGGGGGAGCGCCUGAAGCACUGGUUUGACUGCCUGAAGAACAAGGACAAGCGCAUCGAGCCCUGGCACACGCUCACCAGCGAGCUCCCAGGGGCCGUGCUCAGCGACUGAUGCCCACCCGCCACUGCUACCCCUGCCGCCACCUGCGCCUAGCACUUCCGGCCCCGGGCUUCCCCAGCAGCCACCAAGGCCUGUGGCCCCCACACUGGGGGAGAUCCAGAACCCCUGCUUGGACACAGAGCCACUGCAGUCCCCGCUCGGAGGAUGUGGAGGGCUCAGCCACUCUGGGACGGGGAGGGCAAGGAGCUGGGGUGGGGGGCUCUCAGCCCUCUGGCGCCCAAGAGGCCGGUGGUGGAAAGAGACCUCAGCACCUGCCCAGGGGAAGGGGACACGCCCAUCUGGGAGCAAAGAC